AUGUCAAUACUCUGCUCACCCAUACCUGCCACCUUAUCUUCAUCCUCUUCAGUUCACACUCUCAGACCUGCUGAUAUCUCAGCUGUUCAUGUCUUGGGAAUCCCGUCCUCACACAGGCACCAAGCAUCCAGAGUGAUCAGCAGAGUAGCUGAGCUGCUGUCCAUGUUUAACCCUGAAGUGAUCACUCAGCAUGUGGAUCAGACCUCACUGCAGCCCAGAAGCUUGUUAGAGGAAGCUGAAGACCUGUCUCUCUCCCUUUCUCACAAGGUGACAGACUGGAAGUUUGUGCUGCUGUUUGUCCCGGCAGAUUCCAUGUGUGCCUGCUCGCCAGAUGUUGCUGCAGAUGUUAAUGCUGUUGCGCAGGAAGUGGAAGCAGCUCUGGAGUUGUUACAGAAAAGGUUGCGUCGCACUUUAGUUCACGUUGCAGUCUGGAGCACAAAUCCUCAGCAGGACAAGUGUGAGUGUAUGAGAGAUGAAAGCGUCAGCCGGCGACUACAUAAUGCAAUUCUUCUGACAAGACUGCAGGACUCUCUAAGUCAUGUCUUGGAAAAUCCAAAGUGGCACAGCGAAAGGGUGGACUUCACUGCUGAGCUGCAGCCUGCUCCAGUUAUCUCUGAACAAAUCUCAGACUCUGAGAGCACAUGGUCGGACCCAGACCAAUUAGUUGUUCAGCUAUGGACUAACCUGCUUCAGCCAUCGACACGUCAACCAGAGGUCAUGGACAGCAGCGUCAUUCGUUUUCCUUGCCCUACCCAGGAACGACCUUUCCUGCGGACACAGAAAAACUCCCCCACUAAAAAGGAGAAAACGGCCUCCACACCAGUAGAUCCUGUUAUGGGCACUAAGAUACAUUGCACAGACCGAAGUCCAUCUCCUACUACACCCACUUCAGUUCACAAACUCAGACCUGCAGAUAUCAAGGUGGUGGCAGCAGUGGGCGACUCUCUGACAGCAGGCAACGGUGUGGGAGCUCAGUCAGAUAACCUCCUGUUAGUGAUUAAUGAAUACAGAGGACUGUCAUGGAGCAUCGGUGGUGAUGAAAACAUUACUACUGUGACCACUCUGCCAAACAUCCUGAAGGAGUUUAACCCCUCGCUGACUGGCUUCUCAGUGGGAAUAGGUAAUGAGAACUCUCCUAAAGCCUUCCUCAAUCAGGCUGUGGCAGGAGCGAAGAGCGGCGAUAUGGAACAACAGGUGCGCGUCCUGGUGGCCAAAAUGAAAAGUGAUUCGCGCAUUGAUUUCUACAACGACUGGAAAGUGAUCACGAUGUUUAUUGGUGGCAAUGACAUAUGUGACUUCUGCACAGACAGCAUCUUUUUCUCACCUAGCAACGUGGUCGCUCGUAUCAAAAAAGCUCUGGACAUCCUCCAUAGUGAAGUGCCUCGUGCCAUUGUGAACCUGGUGGAGAUGUUAAACAUUGUAGCAUUGCGUGAUCUGCACAAUGAUAACACUCUGGGCUGUCCCACCUGGCUCGUAAGUUUACUUUGCUCCUGCAUACUGAAGCCUAAAGAGGGAUCCGCUGAACUCCAGAAGGUCAACGACUUCAACAGGGCCUAUCAGCAUGGCAUGAGAGAGCUGGUUGACUCUGGGCAGUACGACACACACGAAAACUUCACUGUGGUGCUGCAGCCCUUCAUGAGGGAGAUUUACCUUCCCACACUAGAGGAUGGCCAGCCUGAUCGCUCGUACUUUUCCCCCGACUGUUUUCACCUCAGCCAGAAGGCUCACACUCUCAUGGCUCGUGCUCUUUGGAACAACAUGUUAGAGCCAGUGGGCAACAAGACUUUUUCACAAGACUUUGAAGCUGGCGUUGAUUUGGAGUGUCCUUCUGAGACCAAUCCAUUUUUUAGGACUGCUGUCAAUAGUAACUACACCUAUCCAGGCCCACCUUCUCUUCCUCCUCCUGUUACAAAUUGGGGAAGUGACUUUUCCUGUGUUAACACAGCUCCUUCCAACUCUGUGCCCACUUCAGUUCACAGGUUACGGCCAGCAGACAUCAAAGUGGUGGGUGCUUUGGGAGAUUCUUUAACGGCUGCCUUUGGAGCAAAGGCAAAGAAUCUGCUGGAGCUGAGAACUGAGUACAGAGGGGUGUCAUGGAGCAUCGGAGGAGACGAAACUCUUGAGAAUGUCACAACAUUACCGAAUAUCCUCAGGAAGUUCAAUCCCAAUAUCAAAGGAAUGUCAAAGGGACAGGGGAAAGCGCAGACUGGCCUCAACGUGGCUGUUUCAGGAGCUAAAGCAGCAGGAAUCCCAGAGCAGGUCCGGCUCCUGAUUGAUACCAUGAAAAAUGACUCUACGGUGGAUUUUGAGAAUGACUGGAAGCUGGUGACCCUUUUCAUUGGAGGCAAUGACCUGUGUCAGUACUGCAAUGACCGCGCUGCUUUGUCACCUCAGAACUACAGCAGUCAUUUGAUGACAAGCUUGGACAUGCUUUACAAAGAGGUUCCCAGGAUGAUUGUCAACGUCUUGGAGAUCCUAGAAAUUGAAGGCCUUCGCAGCAUCAAAAGGGAUACCCUAGGGUGCAAUGUGGUACAAAAGUAUGUCUGCCCGUGCUUCCUGUUAGCAGGAGAGAAUUCCCCAGAGCUGGCUGAAGUGAGACGGAUCAAUCGGGAAAUCCAGGUGGAGACAGAAAGACUGGUGUAUGGAGGUCGCUAUGAUGGCAGAGAGGACUUUGCUGUGGUCGUGCAGCCCUUUUUUAAGAACACAAUAGUUCCCUUGAAUGCUGAAGGCAAACCGGAUGCCACCUACUUCUCUGAGGACUGUUUCCACUUCAGUGAACGGGGACAUGCUGACAUGGCUGCAGCGCUGUGGAGCAACAUGUUGGAGCCAGUGGGUAAAAAACAGACACACAACAAUUUCACAAAUGGCAGACAUAACAUCAAGUGCCCCACUGAGGAGCAUCCUUACAUCUUCACAAGUGUGAACAGCUUGCCCAGUUGGACCACAGACCCGCUCCCCACCUCUGAUUGCACAGACAUGGUGCAAAUAUGGCUCGCUGCUGUGCUGGCCGUGGUGGCUCUCCUGAUUGGCUGUGGAGUCACCUGGCUUCUCCUCUCUUGCGUAGCCAAGAGAAACAAGAAGCUGAGGUCAUCUGCGGAAGAGAUGAAAGGCACUGCGUUUUAAAGUGCUGCUUGCUGUAUUUUUAAACUGGACUGUUCAAGUUA